GCCUUGCUGCACCCCUGGCCCAUGCUAGAGUUGCCCCUUCGCUUCGCUUUCAUCCUGCAAAUAACCCCCCCGGGGAGGGGGCUGAGCCGUGUUUUCCACAGCCCUUCGCUACUGGGGUGGGCAUGGCGCUGGCGGGGACUGUCCCUGCGCCGGGGGGGCUCACGGCACCGGACUGCCCGGACUCCUGCCCUGGCUGCUAACUGGCCUUUGCGGGAUUGCCCAUAAAUCAGAUUUGUCCUGGAGCCCGGGCAGCGGGUGAGGCGAGGCAGGGAUCCCUCGCUCAGAGCAGAGUGUCCCAGCCCCUCGUUUUGGCUGCUCGGUGGCCCUUGUCCCCGGGCAGGGGGGAGCCUGCUGGGACAGGAGGGGUUCGGGGCCAGGCGCGGCGGGAGGAGAGCUGGAAGGAAGAUGCGUGUGAUGAUCGGGACCGAUUUAACGUGGCUUUGACCCCGGCGGUCUUGAGGGCAGCUGGGCUGCGGCCAGGGGCGCGUGAGAAGGUUUAAGGAUGAACGGCCGUGGCCGAGGGCAAGAGAGCAGCCAGCAAGCGUGGGGACUGAGCUGAUGGAGAGCCCUGAGCCGGAGGCGGGCUGCCGGGCUUGAUAAACGGCUUGUCCCAGCUUGCCCGACCUGAUGAGCGAUGGUUUUGUCGUUGUGCAAGGUCCACCACGAUGUUGCAGGUACCACUGCCCCUGGAUCGAGACGGGAUCCUCUUCCGGCUCCGUUUUACCACGCUGGCCGUCGGGACUGUGUUUUGCCCGCUCUUUGGUUUCCUUUUCUGUGUGAUCUGGUCUCUGCUGUUCCAUUUCCAGGAGACGACAGCGACCCACUGCGGGGUCCCCAACUACCUCCCCUCCAUCAGCGCCGCUAUCGGAGGCGAGACCCCCCAGCGUUACGUCUGGCGCCUCUGCAUCGGCCUCCACUCCGCUCCCCGCUUCCUGGUGGCGGUUGCCUACUGGAACCACUACCAGAGCUGCCACUGCUCGCACCCCCGCUACCCGCGCUUGUGCCACUUCAACCUGCUGCUCAACCUGCUGGAAAACUUCGCCCUCCUCAUUCUGACGUACGUGUCCUCAUCUGAAAACUAUGCAAUCCACGAAAAUGCCUUCAUCGUCUUUAUCACGUCGGCUCUGGGCCACAUGCUCCUGACAUGCGUCCUCUGGAGAAUGACUAAGAAACACACAGUAAGUCCCGAGUCCCGGGACAGAGCUGGCUGCAGGUUCCCCUCCCCUGCUGUGUUUCCUCCACCAGCGUACACCAUCUUCGCCUUCCUGGAGUACCUGGUUGUCCUCUCCAACAUGGCCUUCCACAUGACUGCCUUCUGGGACUUCGGCAACAAGGAGCUGGUGGUGAGCUCGCUGGUGGAGGACAAGCACUUCUAGCCGGCCUUGUGCCGCAACCGGCCGCGGUGCCGCUGCCCGGCGGGGGCUGCCCUCCCCCUGGGGAAGGCAGAGAGCCCCCUCCCUUUCCUGCUGCCCCUGGGGCCAGGGCCAGGGCGUUCACUGUGGAGCUGCCACAAGGAUCGUCCCAGGGUCCUGGGCCCUGCGAGUGUCUGUGCGUGGUCCCUGGCUGCGCCUGGACCUCUCUUACGGGGGAGCUGGGGGCUCUUGCUGAGGACCCUCGAGGCCGCUUACCCCCUGCCCUGUCUCCCUGCCGGCU